UACGGUCGAUGGAGGAUGAAGUUUCACGAGGAAUUGAUAAUUUUUCAUUUAGAUAACUUUACGCCUCGUGGCUGCUCGUGGCUAGCCUAGAUCAAGCUCUGCUAGCCGUCUUUAGUUGUAGUUUUACAAGUGCCGCUUUCAUUAAACGCGAGUAAUUUUUUAAUUUUUUCAAACUAAACGAAUUUGAAGAUUUUUUAUUUAACUGACAGUUCAAGUGUCAAAUAGUUGUCAUUAUGAGUAACCAAAAGACGGUGCCAAAUGCAGUGAAGUUUCUCAUAGGAGGAACCGCAGGAAUGGCUGCAACAUGUUUUGUUCAACCAUUAGAUUUAAUAAAAAAUCGUAUGCAAUUAAGCGGUACAAAAACAUCAACUAUGAGUAUAGUAUAUUCUAUAAUUGAAAAGGAGGGUUUCCUAGCAUUUUAUUCAGGUUUGUCUGCUGGUUUAAUGCGUCAAGGUACAUAUACAACUACCAGACUUGGUAUUUAUACCUGGCUGUUUGAAGUUGCUUCAAAGGACAGUCAACCUAACUUUGCUGUAAAAGCAUUGAUAGGUAGUACAGCUGGUUGUGUAGGAGCAUGCGUAGGUACUCCUGCAGAAGUUGCUUUAAUUAGAAUGACUGCCGAUGGCAGACUACCUCCUGCUGAGAGACGCAAUUAUAAGAAUGUAUUUAAUGCGCUGGUUCGUAUAGUGAGAGAAGAAGGUGUUUUAGCAUUAUGGAGAGGCACUGUGCCAACAAUGGGAAGAGCUAUGGUUGUAAAUGCUGCUCAAUUGGCAUCGUAUUCUCAAACUAAAGAAAUUUUACUUGACACUGGCUACUUUAAAGAGAAUAUCACAUUGCACUUUGUAAGCUCCAUGAUUUCUGGUUUAAUAACAACUGCUGCUUCUAUGCCAGUUGACAUAGCUAAGACAAGAAUACAAAACAUGAAAAUUGUGGAUGGUAAGCCUGAGUUUAAAGGUGCAAUAGAUGUCAUAGUUCGGGUUUGUCGAAACGAGGGAUUAUUUUCAUUGUGGAAAGGUUUCUUCCCUUACUACGCUCGUUUAGGGCCGCACACUGUGUUGACAUUUGUUUUCUUAGAACAAAUGAACACAAUGUAUAAAACACAUUUUGCAUAACCAUAAAUAAUACGUAAAUAUGGCAAAUAUACGUGCAGUAAAUCGAUAUCUUCGAAAAGAUUCCAAACACUUAUUUAAUGCAAUUUUUAGUUAAUGCAUUGUCUUAUAAAAAAGAUUUCAAAAAAAUCUGUUUGUAUUUAGAAACAUUGUUGUAGGUUACAUUCACUCUUCCAGUGCAGUGUUCAUACUAUAUUAUUUGUGACUAGUGUGUGCUUUAUACAUGCUUCGUACAAAUCUUCGUCGAGAUAAAAAUGUGCUUGCAAAACGUUUUCUUUGUUACAAGUACUUUGUUAUUGUCUAACCUCCGUUUGUUUGGAAUUUUAUGUGAUUAUUAAUUCGAAAUUACAUCACAGUUGCGUAACUAUUGCAUGCAUAUUUUUACAAUGAUAAAUCUCAAUAUUUUUUUUUUUUGUACAAAAACGAUACAUUCUAUGAACAUUCUUCUAAGGAAACACAAAUCGUUUGAUACGAUUUUUUUACUCGUUAUUACUAUAGAAAAUAUAUAUUUUAUUUUUUGUUUAGUAAUAUUUAUAUUGUGUAAGGUUUCCUACCAUAAAAUUGCAACCCAAUUAAACUAUAUAAAACAAAUACAUUUUUAUAGUAUUUGUACGAAUGAGAUUGCAAUGAAUUGUACAAACUAUAGUGAUCAGCAACAUGUAUAGUUACUGCCAGUAUAUAUUCUUUGAAUUGUAUAAAUAAAUAUUAAAUAAACGGAAAAUGUUAUUUUUCUA